GAGAGAGAGAGAGAGAGAGAGAGAGAGAAAAUUUCAGACAUGGAGGGAAGAAACAGAGCAGACGGCACAUCUCAAAUCAAAAUGUGAAUCGUUAGUUGGUGCCGAGCAGAAUUGCAAUAAAGAACCUACUACUCGGAUAACAAGCUGACAUUAUUUUAAUAUCAAAGUGACAUAUUUAAUAACACAUUCACGUCAAAUUAACUUGCUACUUGGUAUCAAUAUAUAAUUAACUCAAUCAAUACAUUAUUGGUUUACUUUAACCUUGUUGGGGCACACAGAGUAUUUGAGAUAUGAGAAACAGAACAAAUGUUUUAUUGUAAUGAAGAAUCAAGAGAAUCGACAAUGUAUGUGACUGGCUUACCAUAAAGACGAGCUCGUGCCAUCGACAUUCCUCCAGGUGUGCAAAUUAUUUUUUUUAUUUACAUUUAAUACUUAGAAAAUUGAAUUAAUUUAUUUUAUUAGAUACAUUUGUCUUAUUAAAACUGCGUUACGUUUAUGGGGAGGAACAGAUAAUGGCACACCACCUAAUAUUGCAGAAGUGCAAAAGUAAUACGCCGUUCUUCGUCGUUACGUGAAAUAUUGGAAGAAUUCAUGACACGCGUAAAAGUGUUUUACUUUCAAAAAAAGAACUUCAGUACUUUUUCUACAAAAUAUUCUAUAUAGAAAACAAAUUUUAUGUUAUCAACAAAACGCAUCGAUUAGUAAGUAAGUGGUAGCAAAAAUGGAAGAGAUUCAUGUGCCAGGACACGACAACUCGCCGUCGAUAGAGCACAUCUUAUGUCCAAUAUCUUACAUGUCUUGGUUCAUGGGUGUGGGCGUUGUACGUCCGCGAAGAUGUUCCAAGUUUGUGACCAUAAUCAUAUGUAUCCUGAACUUGGUCUUAUGUUCGUAUCUAUUGUACUUAAUUCAAAUGUAUGUUUUCCAAUAUGUCACAUCAGGAUUCGAUUUUGUAUAUAAUUUUGUUCUAAGCCAUACGACAUACCUCGUAUCAGCAUAUUACUACAGUUAUCACAGAAUCAAGUAUAACAAAUGGCCGGAGCUGAUGGACAAAAUAAAGGAGUUUGAUCGGAAAAUCAAAAGAGAAACGUACAUCAAUGAUCAACUAGUGAAAGUAAUAGAAACAAUAGCGAUUUUCAUAACUUUCGCGUAUUUCUCUUUGUACACGCGUCUGAUCUACAAUUUUAUUGAGGAUUCAUUUGCAAUAGAGGGAGUGAUGAUUUUUCUGCUAUACUAUAUAAUAAUACAAUCAUUGAUCAACAGUUUCGUCUUCGAUAUUGUUGUUUAUGUGCUGUAUCACAGACAUCAAGCAAUAAAUAAAUUGAUCGGCCAUUUGGAUGAAUUAUCUGAUGAUCCAUUGAUCGCGCUCAAGAUUAGACGCAUCAGAGAAUUGCAUAAUGAUAUAUGUGAUCUCGUUGCUAUGGUGAACGAUAUGCACAGUAUUUAUCUUCUUCUCUGCUCGGCAAACUGUUUCUUUACGAUCACGAUUUCACUAUUCCAUAUCAGUAAAUUUGGUAUAGGUGUAAACGCUCUUACAUUUGCUUUCUUCGUCAUGUAUUUGAUUACAUAUGCCAUACAAAUUGGUCCGAUUUGCUGGAUUUGCACACUAGUGCGUCAAGAAUUCGACAAAACUAAGAUAAUUAUAUGCACAAUGACAUUGAAAUGCAAAUCUAUACAUUUUGAUAUAAUAAAAGACAGAAGUAAUCAAAUGAGUUCAGAAGUGCGACCGCCAUUAGAAUACACGGACAGCGAGAAAAAUUUUGAUCAGAGUAGCAGUCAGAAUUGGAAUUAUGUUAUGGAAAAUGCAAUUCUCUUGCGUAAAUUUCUGGACCAAAACCAUGUCAGAAAUGAAAUCAAUGACUUCUUUAUUCAGCUGCAACAUCGUCAAGUAUCGUUUACAGCCUGCGGUUUUUUCGAAAUGAAUAAUAAUCUGUUAUGUAAAUUUAUCGGGAUAACUGUCACAUAUUUGGUAAUCUUCCUUCAAUUUUCUUCCUGAGCAGGGUAAUGAAAAUGCAAAUUAAAAAA